AGGAGGGGGUGGGAGUGUAAUUCCCCAUUCGGUUAUCGGUGCGUCGCGCAGUCGGACUCCGGCGCUGCUGGUGAUGCCUGCGGUUCGGGAGUCGCCGCGCGGCUGCAGGAAAACAGGGCGUCGGGGGAUGAUGUACCGUCGGCACCAUGGCAAACGGAACCGGCACUAUUAUGCUGAAGUGCGUCGUGGUGGGAGACGGCGCGGUGGGCAAAACCUGUCUCCUGAUGAGCUACGCCAACGACGCCUUCCCCGAGGAGUACGUCCCCACGGUGUUUGACCAUUACGCAGUGAGCGUCAACUUGGCGGGAAGCAGACUUGCUGGACUGUAUGACACAGCUGGGCAGGAGGACUAUGACCGGUUACGGCCAUUGUCUUACCCAAUGACCGAUGUCUUCCUCAUCUGCUUCUCGGUGGUCAACCCGGCCAGUUUCCAGAACGUACGAGAGGAGUGGGUCCCGGAAUUGCAGGAGUACGCACCCAGUGUCCCUUACUUGCUCAUUGGCACGCAGAUUGACCUUCGCGAUGACCCCAAGACCAUCGCCAAACUGAAUGACAUGAAGGAGAAGCCCAUAGCCACUGAGCAGGGACAAAAACUGGCAAAGGAGAUCGGCGCAUGUUGCUACGUGGAGUGCUCGGCCCUGACUCAGAAGGGCCUGAAGACGGUGUUCGAUGAAGCCAUCAUCGCCAUCCUGACUCCCAAGAGAAAGAAGGGAGCUCUGAAGAGACGACUGGGACCCCGCUGCAUUAACUGCUGCCUCAUUACGUGAUACACACACACGCACACACACACACACACACACACACACACAUAGAGGAAAACACUCAACGAUUCACAACCCAAACCUGGAAGGAGGGCGAAAGACAAAGGGGAUAAUAACGCGUGCGGAGGAGGAGUGACGGAUGGAGAAACACUGUUGGACCUGGAAGGGCAGCAGCUGCUGUUAAAGCUGCAGCGCUCUUAAAGAGGCCCUAACUCUCCUCGCUCUCCGGCACCGGGGUUUAGGACGCAGUUUACAACCAAAGGAGCACAAAACCCAAAUCAAUCUCUUCUGAAAGACUUUCUUUGCAGCAAAAAAAAAAAAAAAGUACCUUCUUUUAUAACCAUUUUUUUUUUAAAUAUAUAUUUUUUUUCUUCCCUGUAUGAAAUUAUUGCAAGCUAGCAUUGAGAAACAGAGAAUGGACCUUUCAACUUUUAAGCGUUUAAAUGUUGGCCCGAUGAUCUCAGAUGUUAGUGUGCCACCACUGGCGGCCUUCCACACCGGAGGGCCCAGACCCUGUUGCGACGCCUGCGAAGGGCCGACGUGUGGAGCCGCUGCAGUGACCUCGCACUGUGGCGAGAUGGGAGGACUCACGAGACACUGUGAC